GGGGGUGGGGGCUGCCGUGGCAGCAGUCGCAGCGGCUCCAGCCUCCUGCUUGCUCACUCGUUCUCAGUGCCCGGAGCCGGCUGCCCGGCUCUGCCCCGCUCGGGGCGGUUAGCAGCUCCCGCUCCUGCCUGGGGACCUGAAGCCGCUCCGGCUCUGGGGGAUAGGACCGCACGACUGGCUGGCCCAAGCCCUGGGCGCGCCGUGGAAGCAGGGCCUGAUGGCGCUGUCUGCAGAGGGCCUCCUGGUUGUCUUCCUUCUGCAAGCUGCUCUCGCUCUGAACCCUGAGGACCCCAAUGUGUGUAGCCACUGGGAGAGCUAUGCCGUGACUGUGCAGGAGUCUUAUGCACAUCCCUUCGAUCAGAUCUACUACACUCGAUGCGCGGACAUCCUCAACUGGUUCAAGUGUACCCGGCACCGGAUCAGCUAUAAGACCGCGUAUAGGCGCGGCCUCCGGACCAUGUACCGGCGGAGGUCCCAGUGCUGCCCUGGCUACUACGAGAACGGAGACUUCUGCAUUCCUCUGUGCACCGAGGAGUGUAUGCAUGGCCGCUGCGUCUCCCCUGACACCUGCCACUGUGAGCCUGGAUGGGGAGGCCCUGAUUGCUCCAGCGGCUGUGACAGCGAGCACUGGGGUCCCCACUGCAGCAACCGGUGUCAGUGUCAGAACGGCGCGCUGUGCAACCCUAUCACCGGCGCCUGCGUGUGCGCCCCCGGCUUCCGAGGCUGGCGCUGUGAGGAACUCUGCGCGCCGGGUACUCACGGCAAGGGCUGCCAGCUGCUCUGUCAGUGCCACCAUGGUGCCAGUUGCGACCCGCGCACUGGCGAGUGCCUCUGCGCACCUGGCUACACAGGCGUUUACUGUGAGGAGCUGUGCCCCCCUGGGAGCCAUGGAGCUCACUGUGAGCUACGCUGCCCCUGCCAGAACGGAGGGACCUGCCACCACAUCACUGGCGAGUGUGCCUGCCCUCCAGGCUGGACGGGAGCAGUGUGUGCCCAGCCCUGCCCACCAGGAACCUUUGGCCAGAACUGUAGCCAGGACUGUCCCUGCCACCAUGGAGGCCAGUGUGACCAUGUGACUGGACAAUGCCACUGUACAGCUGGAUACAUGGGAGACAGGUGCCAAGAGGAGUGUCCCUUUGGGACUUUCGGCUUCCUGUGCUCUCAACGCUGUGACUGCCACAACGGAGGUCAAUGUUCACCAGCCACAGGUGCCUGUGAAUGUGAGCCUGGCUACAAGGGCCCCAGCUGCCAGGAACGGCUAUGCCCCGAGGGCCUGCAUGGCCCAGGCUGCACCUUGCCCUGUCCCUGUGACACUGAGAACACUAUCAGCUGCCAUCCAGUUACUGGAGCUUGUACCUGUCAACCAGGCUGGUCCGGCCACUACUGCAAUGAGUCCUGCCCUGCUGGCUACUAUGGCAAUGGUUGCCAGCUACCCUGCACCUGCCAGAAUGGUGCCGACUGCCACAGCAUCACUGGGGGCUGCACUUGUGCUCCGGGCUUCAUGGGAGAGGUGUGUGCUGUCCCCUGUGCUGCAGGGACCUAUGGUCCCAACUGCUCGUCUGUAUGUAGCUGUAGCAAUGGAGGCACCUGUUCCCCUGUGGAUGGCUCCUGCACCUGCCGAGAGGGGUGGCAGGGCCUGGAUUGCUCUCUGCCCUGUCCCAGUGGGACCUGGGGUCUGAAUUGCAAUGAGAGUUGUAUCUGUGCCAAUGGAGCUGCCUGCAGCCCCUUUGAUGGCUCCUGUGCCUGUACCUCAGGCUGGCUCGGGGACUCCUGCGAACUGCCUUGCCCGGACGGCACGUUUGGGCUGAACUGCACUGAGCACUGUGACUGCAGCCAUGCUAAUGGCUGUGACCCUGUCACAGGCCACUGCUGCUGCCUGGCAGGAUGGACAGGUAUCCGCUGUGACAGCACGUGUCCUCCAGGCCGCUGGGGCCCCAACUGUUCAGUGUCUUGCAGCUGUGAGAACGGAGGCUCCUGUUCCCCAGAGGACGGGAGCUGCGAGUGUGCCCCUGGCUUCCGAGGACCCUUAUGUCAGAGAAUCUGCCCACCAGGAUUCUACGGCCAUGGCUGUGCCCAGCCUUGUCCCCUCUGCGUGCACAGCAGGGGACCCUGCCACCACAUCACUGGCAUCUGCGAAUGCCUGCCAGGAUUCUCUGGAGCCUUGUGCAACCAAGUGUGUGCUGGAGGGCACUUCGGGCAGGACUGUGCUCAGCUCUGUUCCUGUGCCAACAACGGGACCUGCAGCCCCAUCGACGGCUCCUGUCAGUGCUUCCCUGGGUGGAUUGGCAAGGAUUGCUCACAGGGUUGCCCUGCAGCAUUCUUUGGGAAGGACUGUGGGCACAUAUGUCAGUGUCAGAAUGGAGCCAGCUGUGACCACAUCACUGGGAAAUGCACCUGUCGAACAGGCUUCUCUGGGCGCCACUGUGAACAGAGAUGUGCCCCUGGAACCUUUGGAUAUGGGUGUCAGCAGCUAUGUGAGUGCAUGAACAAUGCCACUUGUGACCACGUCACUGGUACCUGUUAUUGCAGCCCAGGAUUCAAAGGAAUCAGGUGUGACCAAGCUGCCCUCAUGAUGGACGAGCUGAAUCCCUACACCAAGAUCAGUCCAGCUCUGGGAGCAGAGCGGCAUUCAGUGGGUGCCGUCACAGGCAUCAUCCUCCUGUUGUUCCUGGCUGUGGUGUUGCUGGGUCUGUUUGCCUGGCGACGGAGGCGGCAGAAAGAGAAAGGCCGUGACCUGGCUCCCCGUGUCUCCUAUACCCCAGCCAUGAGGAUGACCAGCACAGACUACUCUCUCUCAGAUUUGUCUCAAAGUAGCAGCCAUGCCCAGUGCUUUUCCAAUGCCAGCUACCACACACUGGCGUGUGGGGGGCCUGCCACCAGCCAGGCCAGCACUCUGGACAGGAACAGCCCCACCAAGCUCAGUAACAAGUCCCUUGACAGAGACACAGCAGGCUGGACCCCCUACAGCUAUGUGAACGUGUUAGACUCCCAUUUCCAGAUCAGUGCCCUGGAGGCCAGGUACCCGCCCGAGGACUUCUACAUUGAACUUAGACACCUCAGCCGCCAUGCUGAGCCACACUCACCAGGCACUUGCGGGAUGGACAGACGUCAGAACACAUACAUUAUGGACAAAGGCUUCAAAGAUUACAUGAAAGAAUCUGUGUGCAGUUCUAGUACUUGCUCCUUGAACAGCAGUGAAAACCCUUACGCCACAAUUAAGGACCCACCCAUCCUCACCUGCAAGCUUCCAGAAAGCAGCUAUGUAGAAAUGAAGUCACCUGUGCACAUGGCGGCUCCGUACACAGAUGUGCCAUCCUUGUCGACAUCUAAUAAAAAUAUAUAUGAAGUUGAGCCCACAGUCAGUGUGGUCCAAGAAGGCCGAGGUCAUAACUCCAGCUAUAUCCAGAGUCCAUACGACCUACCUAGGAACAGCCAUAUUCCUGGUCACUAUGACCUCCUCCCAGUAAGACAGAGCCCUGCCCAUGGGCUCUCCCAGGACACGCAGUCAGAGGGAUAAGCUUCUCUCUUAGUGUGCUUUGCUCACUAUUUUCUGACUCUGAAAGAAGACAAUCCGCGACUUGAAACAUCAGUGCAGAUUGCCUUGAGCUGUGUGUUAUUAGUUCCUUCACCUGGACUGAAAGAAGCACUUCCAAACGGGACUGGGGUAACUGUUCGAGAAAGUCUGUUCACAAGGGCAAAUCCUAUCAACCUUCAGCUCUAAAUUACCUGGAUAUGAUUUUUAGAACAUUUAGAAGAUAUCACUAUUCAUCAACAUCAGCUAAAAGAUACGUAUUUAAUAUUCUGAAACAAUGCUUAAGGAGCAUAUAGCUUAGGUUCUGCAGAAAAGAGAAUUGGGGAAGGGUGGGGGCACUUUAAAGUGCCUGAAAUGUAUAUGUGCCAUUGAUUGUUGCUAUCCUCAACAUUUGUUUAGGUAUCUAAGGGAAUUGGUAUGUGGACAUGAACUGUUCUAAUAUUAAUCACGAAGUCUGUGUUCAUAUAGGUAUGGCCCAUCAAAUUAUAACAGCCACAAUCAGAGUUUAAAAUAUAGCCCAAUUCUUUAAUAAAGACAGGUUCGCUUUCUUUUGCCCUAUUAGUGAUAGCAGGCAAACAGAAAGGGGGAAAAUGUUAAUUGUUUCAAAAGAGGAGCAGUUGCAUUCACUCUAGAAUGAUUUCUAUGCCAGCCUUCCCAAAUUUUGCCAAGUCAAAGUUCAAGAAUAAUAAACGCCAGUCCUAGCCUGGCUGCAUUGCAUUGGUUCAGCCAACACCAGAGUCACUCUGUGUGCAGCAGAGAACUAAGAUGCUGUUUUAAGAACGUGGUCACAGGGCUGGGACUGCAGCUCAGUGGGAGAGGCCAACUGAGCAAGGACCCGGGGUAGAUCAACAGCAUCGGAAAAAGGCGCAGGCCUCUUCUAAGAAUGAAGUUUCCCCAACAACAACUAAUCGGGUCACUCAAGUUACUUAGUCAGAGUUCCUUGCUUUGUUUAUGAGCAGUUCUUCACAGACAGUGCUUGAUGUAGUGUGGAACCUAAAGUUGUAGAAGAAAUUACACAAAUUCGGGCAUGGCAAGCUUGUGUUGCUUAGCAUACAUUAUGAAAUGAAAUAAAUGUAAAACAAAAACAAAAAAAAAGCCCACUGCCUGAGAUGGGCAAAUAUGUAUUGCAUUAGUUGGUGCUUUCAAUCUCCUGUUCAGAGAAAGAAGUCCAUAACUUCCACUGCACAGGUAACAGCAGGAAAAACGAGGCUUAGGUAAUCCUAUAGGACCUCUUCACAAGAACUAAGAACAGAAAGGGCAAACUGGAAGUUAAAGGUCACCUUUGCGCCAUUCCACGUUCUUUAGAGGAGUAAGAGUCUAGAGCCAGUAAAAAUUACCUAAAAAGGGUUUACAGAGGAGGGACUAGAAGACUGUAAAGCUAGAUACUGCUACGGGAAGUGGGGACUACAGGAAGUGGGGAUGAUAACCUUAGUUUGAGUAAUAGUCAACAAAAAGAAAGAAAAUAAACAUAUGAGCAAAUCUCUUUGCUCGUUUCGCUCGAGGCGUAAGCCAGUCUUAGCAUUAGAGGAACACAUACAUGAAUGCUGCAUGCGUGCAUGGAAGCGAGGGGUCAGCAAUAGCGAACUUUCCCAAAAGCCUUAUUAAAAUAGAAACAUUAGAAAUAUUGGUAGGCCUAAGUUAAUAUUUCUCCGACAUAUGUAUAAAGACAUAUAGUUAAGAGACUCACCUCAGUAUUUCAGGGCCACAAGUGCUCUAUUAUCUUUGUGAAGCAAGGGUGAAGAAGCAUGGCAAAGUCCAACCAGCAAGGAGAAAUGGUGUCUCAAUCCCAGGCUUUAUCUUCUUCCCUUAUCCUGCAUGUACAAUGACUGCUACCUGGCAAACUGCAAUCAUGCAAAUUCCAAGUCUCACUUCUUUCUUGCCAACUACACUCUGCACAAAGUGUCCAGCAAGAGGUGGGAUGGCUAGAGCAUCAAGUCAAGGGAGGCUGGCAGCACUCUUGUUGAGUCACGUGCCCUCUUCGGGCUCCUUUAUUACCACACAUGAAAGAAGAGAGACACAGGGGGAGCAGUGCUCUGACAACGCUCCAAGUGUAGCACGCUACCACGGUUCAGGUAACAUAGUUCAGUCAGGCAAUACAGAGGAGAAGGGAUUAACUAUGGUGACAGAAGCAGCCUUCACAUAGCUAAGAGUUAGCACUAGGACAUUUCGAUCAUGCAGAGCAACUGUUAGGAACUUCUGUCUAACAAUCACAGACAGGUUUGCGGUCAGCCUCAACAUGUGCGCUGUGCAUUCUAUAGUUGAUUUGGAAAGAUCUGUUCAAUUAUUUUUCAAAAUGAAAAUUUCAAUCCAGUAAAUUAGUAUGUAUACAAGUCAGACGAAAACACAGUUACUGUACAAUAGUGUGAGAGACUAUGAAAUGGCAAUACUUUUUUAAACCACAGAUUUGUAAUAUAUUUGUUCACCGUGCAGAGGAUGUACCUUAUACAAAAUAAAAUGGUUUCUCAAACUAAUGUUAC